AUGGAUUUCGUAAACCAAGAUUCAGCCACUGUUCCCAACGUGGGCCGCAAGGUCGACGCUGGAAGUGUUACAAAGAGAUUGCAAACCGAACUCAUGACGCUCAUGACUUCGCCCGCCCCUGGAAUAUCAGCAUUCCCCUCGGCUGAUGGCAACCUGCUAUCUUGGACUGCCACCAUCGAGGGCCCCGAAGCGACUCCCUACGCAGGCCUUACCCUCAAGCUAACAAUGGAUUUUCCUUCCAACUAUCCUUAUGCCCCUCCCACAGUCUUGUUUAAAACCCCAAUCUACCAUCCCAACUUUGACUUCUCUGGUCGCAUCUGCCUUGACAUCUUGAAGGACAAGUGGACCGCUGCCUACAAUAUCCAGACUGUCCUCCUUAGCCUGCAGAGUCUUUUGGGAGAACCCAACAACGCUUCCCCUCUAAAUGGUGAAGCUGCCGAGCUAUGGGACAAGGACCCAGCAGAGUUUAAGCGCAAAGUUCUUGCCCGACACCGCGAUAUUGAGGAUGAGUAG